GGAGCGUCUACCAGCCGGGCGUGUGCGUGUGCGACGCCGCUCCGCGUGCGAAACCCGUUCGCGAAUUUUGCGAACCGCGCGCGGCGUUUUGCGAGACACGCCGGUCGCCGAGAGUGAGGAUCCGCGACGGUGCACCCGCGCGUCCUUAAUUCGCCUGUCGACGUGAAUUAUCGUCCCGCACGUUGACGCGAUAAAUCUAACCACGUGCGUGUUUACUCCGGCUCGCGAAGGAGGCCCGCCGCCGGUUGGCGUCGCCCCCGAGAUUGUACGUCGCUCAACGAAAAUAGAUUGUCGCGCGACGAUUCGCGCGGAUAUCCGGCGCGGUCUCCGCGGUUUUACGCACGCGGAGAAGCCGGAGAACCGUCGCGUCCGGGAUUGCGAUCUGUAUUUAGCAAAAUUUUUAGACUUUUCAACGAAAUCGUUCUUUCCGUGUGUGGAAAAUCUGUACAUCGCGAUUCGACGUUUCGCGGCACGACUGUGCUGUUGCAAUAGCGCUUUAAUAAACCCCGCCGCCGCCCGCGCCGUCGCCGCCCGACAGUGUCGCGCGACGUGUUAAGGACACGAGGGCGAAAGAGUGUCGGAGUGGACGGCGAAUUUGAAGGAGCGUCUUGUGGAACGUGCUGUACAUAUAGUCUGGUCGAUGAUUCCCCGCGCGUCGUGGAGCGCGGAGCGUUGAUUGUACCGCCGGCGCUAUUGUGUCACAAGCUGCAACACGUUCGUCCGCGACAAUAUACGAUAAGUAUCGGAGGACCGCCAAGGCGAGGAGUGCUCCAAGAUGAUUCUCCGCCGAAAGUCGUCGCACAGCUGCAAUUGUCCCUGCCAUCAGCACUGCUCGACUAAAUGCGCAGAAGAUGUAGAGAGUAUGACAGGCGAGAUAGAAAAUGGAGACUUGGCAGUUCGAGACGUUGCGGACCUUCUCCAGGCACAAUACGCUAUUAUUGCUGGAGGAAAAACGCGAGAGGGAUGUCCUAUAAUCACAUUUCCAGACAAUGGCAAUUUUCAUAAUUUGACUGAUUUGGACUAUCAGCGUCUCAUGCUGUAUCUCACUUCUGUGCCAACAUUGCAAGAAGCUGAUCUUGGGUUUCAUUUAAUAAUUGACCGGAGAAACGACAAGUGGAAUUCUGUGAAAACGGUUCUUCUAAAAAUUUCUGCAUUUUUUCCCGGUUUGGUACAUGUCGCGUAUGUGUUACGACCCGUCGGAUUUUUACAAAAGGCCAUUUCGGAGGUGUCGAACAAAUUGUUCCGGGAGGAUUUCAAAUUCAGGGUGAUAUUCCUGGCUAACGUCGUCGAGCUGCACGAAUUCAUAGAGAAGGAACAGCUCACCGAGCAACUCGGCGGCGAUUUGCCGUAUUGCCAUCAUACUUGGAUACAGAACAGAAUUAGUUUGGAAAAAUUUUCAUCGAUGACGCAGGACGUGUCCCUCGCGUUAGACUCUUUCACGCGACGUUUGGCCGAAGUGGAAUUUCCUAACAACACUAUCGCUACGACAACACUAUUGUCGCAGCAACAAGCUGAGUAUAACGAGUUGAAAGAAGAAAUACUCAGCGCUGCCAGGCACGGGGAAGCUCUUCUGGACAGUGUACGGCAGUUAACUGGAAAAGGAACGGCCGACAGAUUAGGAAAUGUUGCCGCAGUAGAAAGACUACUCGUUCAGUUGGAGGAAACCGAGCGGACCUUCGACUUGUUUUGGUCGCAUCAUAGCUCACGUUUGAGACACUGUCUAGCUCUGCGGCAAUUCGAGCAAGAUUUUCGAGAGUUGCAAGCGACGUUAGACCAGCAUCUAAAGACGGCGGAAGAUAUGACGGAAGUCGGCGAGACGCAAGCAAGAGUGGAGCAGUUGUUGCACGAUACAUCAGCAUUUCAGCGAAUAUGCAGAGGAGACAUAGAUCACGCGGAGGAGGUGAUAACCGCUGGACAACAGCUACUGUCCGGCAGGCAUCAGUGCCCGGCGGACGUUGUGGAGCCCAAGUGCGUGGAGCUGCAGAGAGUCUGCACCAUUCUCAGUCAGAGACUGGAGAGACGGCUGCUCAUGCUGACCAAGUGCAGGGAACUUAUGGAGCGUAUAGAUAAGGCUAACACUUGGUGUACGCGAGGGAUAGAAUUGCUAGCAUCACAGAACAGCACGACGCCACCGGAUCAAGCGCUCCAAGAGCUGCAGCAGCUGAUCGAAGCCGCGGAGGAAUUCCACCAUCCCCGAUGUAUCUUCCAGGAUUCCGUGAUGCCGGAAACUAAAGCGCUCAUCACGCAAGUUCUGCAAAGGAUAGAGGAUGUAUCCUUGAUGUGCGACAAGAGGAUAAUGGCACUAAAACAGCAGUUGAUCAAACCAGCCAGACCAGUACAAACCGUCACUCCAGAACCAGUCAAACCCUUGCAAUCACUGCCUCAAACCAUAAAGUCCGGCAGAAUCCUCAAAAAAGCUAAUACCAUGCCAAAGAUGGAGAUGAGUCCUAUAGAGGGAGAGUCUUCGUCGCCGGAAAGCGAGCCUCGGGACAUCGAAGCUUUGCGCUUGAAGCGCGGCCACGUCUUGGGGGAACUCGUGGAGACCGAGCGAAUCUACGUCGCCGAACUCGGCUCGAUUGUUAAAGGCUACAAGAUGGAAAUGACGAACGAGGCGAUGGCUCACUUGAUACCCGCGGCGCUAGUUGGCAAAGCGGACGUGUUGUUUGGAAACUUAGAGGAUAUUUAUAUUUUUCAUGGGGAGACGUUUCUAAGGGACUUGGAAAACUGCAUUUCGAAUACCGAGCUCGUCGCUUUGUGCUUCGUUCAAAGGCGCGAGAUGUUCUUCAGAUUGUACAGUUAUUAUUGUCAGAACAUUCCGCGAUCUGAGAGAUUGCGCGAACAAAUACAAAGCGAGCCGCAGUUUCUCGCGGCCUGCCAGCAGAAACUCGGCCACAAGCUGCCGCUCGCUGCCUAUCUUCUCAAGCCUGUUCAGCGAAUUACCAAGUACCAGUUAUUGUUAAAGGAUUUGUUAAAGUAUAGCGACGAGCCUUCGUGCUGCACCGAGUUGCAGGAGGCGCUGGAUUGCAUGCUGGUUGUGUUAAAGUGCGUUAACGACAGCAUGCAUCAAACUGCGAUAACGGGUUUUGGAGGCGAUCUGAGUGCACAGGGCGAAUUAUUGUUACAAGGCUCAUUUAGCGUCUGGAGCAGCAGUAAGCGAGAGCGGUUGCUGCGACUAAAACCAUCUCAGCGACAUAUUUUCUUAUACGAGAAGGCUAUGAUAUUUUGUAAGCACAGCAAGCCUCAAGCCCACGACAAGGCCACGUAUCAUUUUAAAAGAUAUUUGAAGAUGUCGCAGAUUGGUCUGACGGAAUCGGUGAAGGGCGACGCCAGACGAUUCGAGAUAUGGCUGCAGGGUAGAGCCGAGGUGCACACGAUACAAGCGCCGAGCAUUGACGUGAAGCAGUCGUGGGUACGUCAGAUUAAAGGCGUUCUGAUGUCCCAGCUGGCCGAACUCAAGGGCAAACAGAAUUCGGCUCUUGGAAAAUCUAAUCAUAAGCCGUUGCGGCAAACUAUCUCGUGGGAGGCUCAGGGCAGUAUAUCGGGAUCUCUACGAACGCUGUCCGUCGACAGCAACAGCGUUAUCUCUCACAUGACCGAUGUGUCGCAGUCCACGGAGGAGGACGUGGCGUGGAGUUCGGAAAACAGCAAUACGGACGAGGAGGACGCGUUUGGCGACAGUCCGGGACCGGCACCCGGCGGACGAUAUGUGGCGUUGGCCGAUUAUUGCGCGGUGGGACAGUCGGAGGUCACGAUGCGCGAGGGCGACACCUUGGAGCUUCUCAAAGUCGGCUGUGCCGGCUGGUGGUUCGUCAAACUGAUCGGCAGCGGCCUAGAGGGCUGGGCGCCCGCGGCGUAUCUGGAACCGAUCAGUCGAAAAACAUCACGCAGCUCGCAGUCGGUGAACAGUCAAGAGACCAUAUGAAACAGGCGACUAACACACUAGAGAGCCCGCUAGUGUGUUAGACCUUUGCUCGUCUCGCGGAGAUCGCCGCAGUCGCGGAUGUUGAAGGAACAUCCACCGUUGGGAACGGUGUCAUCAAGAAUUUUUCUAAAAUGACAGAGACGGUUUUUGGAAAUCUUUUACAGCACUUAAACGAAAUGAUGAGUUGCGUCAUUUUGUUACCUUUCUUAUAUGCAAUCCGGCAUGUAAGGCUCGUUGAGUAAACGCUUUUGCGUUUGCGAACGUUAAGCUGAACAGGAUCCUUUUACGUUCACGGGUAUUUUAUACUGUACGAGAAAAAGAUGAAAUCGAGCGAGAAGCCUCACGUUCCACGACGAUCGCGCUGCGAACGGUCGAACGAGUUGUCUCAUAUAGCUGCGCCAGAUAGAUGAACGAGAAACGUUUUCGACUCGUUUUCGAGGCGCGAAAUGACGUUUACUGAAUUGUACAAAAUGUAGCGUUGAAGUAAGCUGGGAUAUGUACGUGCACGCGCACAAUGGAUUACGAGUUGGUCUCGUAUCAAUCACUAUUUCUAUAAUAACGAUUGCACACGAUUGUAGUCAGCGGGAGACACGGCGCUGAUGUUAUAAUUAAAAUCGCACGCGUCCUCGCGUUCGGUUACUUAUAAUACGUUUUAAGGUGAAACCUGCAUGAAAAGAAGUAUGUAAGCGUAUUCUGUAAAUGGUAGUUUCUACUUGCGAGUACCCGGGUAAUCAAAUAUCGGCUGUACGCGAUUAUUCCAAAGUUUAAUAUUGUUAUAAGAGAGAGAAAGAGAGAAAGACGCGUGACACUUUCGUCCAUGGCGUUCUGCGUCGACGACACGCGUAACUUCCUUUUGCCAGCUGGAUAAACCCGAUAAACAGUCUUAUCCUUGCUCGGUGUAUUUUCGCGACGCGUCGCGAGUAUUUAUAGACGUCGAUCGUCAGACACGUUGCCGUCGAUCGCGUCAAUUGUGUAUCAUCAUGUGUUGGCUUAGAGUUCUUAGAUAGAACCCUAGACGCAUCGUUCACAACCGAAUAGUACAAUUUUAGCGCAGUUCUGCGGGCUUUGAGAGUUAUCCUAAGUGUUUCGUUUUUUUUUUCCGAGGUUGCUUCCGGGGGUUGAAAUAUAUUGAAAUAUAUUCGCAAAGGUAAAUCCUCGAGCCUUCGAAAGGCGGGAAAAAAAAGUGUGAUAAAAGAAACAUUAGAUCAAUGCUUAUGCAGACUAAUCGUUGUAAACACGUGCAGAGAGAAAGAGAUGUUUAAUUAAUAUUACGCCAUUCCUAGGACUUUAGAUACAUUGUUGACGAGUCGUUGCGACCAAAUAGGCUUGAGCUGUUACUAUGACUAUAUGCGAACCAUUCGUUUCGGUGGGCGGAAGGGGAAGAGGGGAGUAGAGCGCGCGGUGGUAAGGUGGUGGGACGGAGAGGGUUCGAAGAAUCAUAUACACAAUGUGUAAACAAAUUUUCUAGCAGGCUAAACGGUUAACACCAAGUUACACGCAAUAUCUGAAUACCGAUAAAAAAAAAACUCUUGACGCAUAAUAAUUAUACUUUAGGACUACUAUAUAUACAAUAAGCAAUCUAAGUUCUAGCGGAUUUCAUAAAACCCACCAAUUUCAUAAGUCUCUAUUACGAUAUAUGACGAUAUGUAUAAUAGUAUCAUUUGUACUGAAAACGUUUGUACGGAUACGGAUAACAUAAUUUAAGGGGGGAAAUCACAUCCCGAUCGCCGUGAUGAUUUUCUCUUCGCGACGUCGCGCAUGCGAUUAAUUGUGUCCGCUCUCCUACGAUACGCAAAAGGGGACAUGAUUUUCUCGUCGCAACUUUUUAUUCUUAUAACAUAUAGCCUACAUGAGUCUCUGCUUUUUAGUAUUUAUAAUCCGAGUAUUAUUUGUACAGAGUUACUUGAUAUUUAUUAGAUAUUUAUUAGAUAUAAUAUUUAUUGGAGUAGAAGAAAUUAUUUAUAUCGCGACGAAUGCCGUAAAGCGCGAUCGGUAGUUUAUACUGGCUCAGGCUGCUUCAGACUGAUUUACAAUUGAUACAUGUACAAUUGAUAGACGCGAUAUACGCUGCAGAAAGCUGUUAUAUAAUUUGCGCAAUUUUUACGCGAUUGUGUGAGCUCCUAGAGCGAGUUUAUAUGUGAGUUUCGUUUCUUGCCGGGACACAACUUGCGUUUUACAACGUAACACCUGCACCUCCGAUCGUACAAGCACGGUAUCUUCUGUCGUUCACACACGUCUGUUACGUCUCCUCGGUCGCACCUAAGUAGAAUUGUAACACACCCGCUGUGUAAUUCAUCCAUUUGUACGCCGUCCUUAUAUAUUGACCGUGAAAUUUUUCCGUAAAUCAAACGAGCAAUGUUAGUUUAAACACGUUUCCUCGCGCGUCUGCUUUGCGUUGCCGAUAUCGAAGAUAACGAACAAGUGCGGUCGAGUUUCGUUUUGCACGAGCGAUUCUGUAGGGUGAAAGAGACAGAGAGAGAGAAAAAACACUGGUGCAACACUCUAGAAAAGAAAAAAAGAAGAAAUAAUUAAAAACGCCGCUCGUCGCGUAUCUAUCGGUCCGCGAACGCUUCCGCAGACUUUGUCACCCUCUUGCGCCGGAAGUCGUUCGCGGAAACGCCUCGCGAGAGCGAUUCCCUCAUCUGUGUAAAAUCGCGGUUAAAGACAAGAAAAAGCGACCAAGUCAUGGGUGAUAUCUAAACAUGCGAGACGCGUUUUUUGUAGAAUCUAUAAAUAUACACAUUAUAUAUGUAUACAAGCAUACACAUACAUAUAUAUAUACAUAGACAAUAAUUAUAUACCCGCUGUUGGAGGAUGCAUGACAGUGCGUUCGUUCGCAUAAUUAACUCAUGACGAAGCAUAUAUAUAAAGACCGAAGAAGCGAUACUUCCCCCCCCCUCGGCGGGGCAAAUAGAAGCAGGUUUCCGCGAGUGAAUAUCUCCUUGCCGUGGACGGAGUCGCGAUAUUAAAUAAAGACCACGUAAAUGCAGAUGCGCGUGCAAUCUUUGCGGGGGAGGAAAAAGGAAGUUCGACACCGCGGUUUCCCCUAACGGACGGUUUCCUCUCGUCGUACCUCGUCGGCGCAAGAGAGGGUGAUAGUAGAAGUCUAUUUUUGCAUAUAACAUGUAACACAAAGAGGCUGCCGAAAUCUCUUCUAUUUGCAUUACAUACGCGUUUGCGCGAUCAUUUCUCGCCGACUGUAAUUAAACGAACCCGUUGCGUACCUAUGUUACGCGUUCAAUUCUCUUUCGAUUGCUUCUUCGGGAAACGCGAUCUCCUUCGGGCUUCUCAUAGAGAUUUUUCUUUUUUUUUUCUUUUUAUAAUGCAACCUCUGCGAUUGUAAAUCGUGGGUGGAUAUCUUUAAUCCUCCCGGGAGAGGAGGAAUUUCUCGCGGCUCUCAGAAGCGAUAUUUUUAUACAGAAUGCAACAAAGGAUCGCUCGAGCUUAAAAUUGAUCAACGCUCAGACUGUCUAUUUACUAUAUCGAAUUCUGCGUUACGUAAAAAAAAAAAAACAACGCAAACGAAUUCGUUCGGUUGUUGGGUAAUAAAAAGAAAAAACCUUCGUGUGUACGAACGGAAAUGCGAUUACCGAAUAGCGAGAAACGAUCACUCUCUUUUAAUUGUCACCCUGUCUUCGAAGAAAGGGAAACAGAGCAGCAUCGCGAUUUCUGCGCAUAUUUGGCCGUUUCCAUUAUGCAUUUCAUGCCUGUCACAGGAAUUUUGUUUCAACCUGUCCGAGAGCCUUGCGUACAAUCAUUUAUUGUCAAAACUUGUAUGAGUAUCUGCAAUAUUAUAAAACGGGAACAUUAAAUGCAAGAAUUCGAAACGAAA